AUGCAUCCCGCACAGCUUUCUAAACUCCUCUCUAUUCCAGAGAGUCACGCGCAAGAAAUUCUAGACUAUGCAGCAACUCUAUCUAAGGAUGAGGCAGUGAAUCAUUUCCGCGAAUUUCUUGGAAACUCUCUAGAAAUGACAAACUUCAUAUCGGCUUAUGAGCUGCAGAGAGAAGCCUCAAUGAAAUUUCAGAAUAAUGGCGCACCAACUAAUGCCAUGGGAAUUUCCAAUAAAAACACUGCCUCACAUAAAUCGAUGUCUAAGGGUGUACCAGCCGCAUCAACUUCGAUGAUGUCACAAAAUAACUAUGCUGUAGCAUCAAAAAAGACACAGUUCGUAAAAUCAAAACAUAGCUCCGAUUUUUCGGGCUCUAUUGCUCAUCCGAGCAACUCAUAUCCGGGUCUUAAUCAGUCAAAGGGAAAAAACGCUCGUAAUGGAUCACCCGCAUUUCCAAAUAAAGUCAAGAUUGCAAUUCCAGGGGGACAGUCAAUGCACGGGACCUCAACAACUAUUUCUGAGAUUGAAGCGGCGAUUCGCAGCCUAGAAAUAAGCACCAACAGUAGUCUUUCUUCUCAGGAUCCAUCUAAACGUGCUUGUAACUGCAUUGCUACACAGCAUCCUCUUUUGACUGCUGCACCGAAUUGUCUAUCGUGUGGCAAGGUUAUUUGUGUCAAAGAGGGAUUUGGCCCUUGUACCUACUGCGGCGAACCACUUCUGUCUGCAGUUGAAGUACAGAAAAUGAUAUCAGUGUUACGGGAAGACUGUGGGCGUGAGAAGAUGCUAGCAAACGAUCAGCGACAAAAACAUGCUAUGGCUGCAUCAAAUUCGAAGCCAUUCCCCCGAUCCCAGGUAGCCCAAGCUGAGCUCGAAGCUCGAACACAUCGAGAUAAAUUGCUCGGCUUCCAAGCUCAGAAUGCGAAACGGACAACGGUGCGAGAUGAAGUAGCUGAGGUAAAUGUAGACCUAGCAGCUGUAGAAAGAGACAUGAUUUGGGCAACUCCAGUAGAGAGAGCCAGGGCACUCAAAAAACAGCAGAAAUUACUUCAAGAGCAAGAAUGGAAUGCCCGUCCGGAAUAUGAGCGAAAAAGAAUGGUUGUCAGCUUAAAUGUGGUUGGCGGGAAAGUAGUCAAAAAUAUUGGACGCACUGAGCGUAGACCCCAAGCAGAUUUGAUUGCACCCGCAAAAAACUCGAAUAUGGAGGAAGAAGAAAUGGAGCCGGUGGCUCAAAAACAAGGGCACUCUACCCAGAUCUUUCGGCGCAAUCCUCUGUUAGGUAGUUUAAUUAGACCGGUUUGGACGCCCUCUGUCAAAGAAACCGACGUUGGUGAAUUACAGCAGCAAAAAGACCAGACUAACACUUGGCGACGUGUCCAAGAUAAUCAGGAUGAUAAUGAAUCAUAUAUUCUUGAUGGUGGACUAAAAGGGAGAGAGGUCGAUUAA